UCCAAUUUUUCAACCAGUUUACCAUCAUCCAAAGUCCAAAACAUUUAAAGAAACCUUGGACUCCCCAGCCAGAAGAAGAACCAACAUGGCACCCACAAUCUAUAAUUUUUCGUAUUCUAAAAGGUUUUCAGAGUCAUUCAAUUCUUCAACAUCAAAAAAGGAGUCAUCCAGUUCCAACAUCCUUGCUUUCCACUCCAUAGCUCAAUGGAAUGCUCAUUAUAAAGCCACCAAAGAAACUAACAAGCUGAUGGUACUUGAUUUCACAGCCACAUGGUGUGGACCUUGCAAACUCAUGGACCCUGUUAUCCUAGAGUUUGCUGGAAAUUACACAGAUGUUGAGUUCAUCAAGAUUGAUGUGGAGGAGUUAACGGAAGUGUCUCAAGCACUCCAGGUCCACCAAUUGCCAACAUUCGUACUCGUUCAGAAAGGCAAAGUUGCUGAUAGAGUGGUGGGGGUGAAGAAGGAGGAGCUGAAAAGGUCGAUUGAGAAGCACAUAAAAUAAAUAAAUAUGAUUAUGCACUGUAAUAAAAUCAAAAUGCUCAACAACCAAUUCAAGAAAAAAAAAAAACUACCAACAACUGAGGUUGCAAUAAGUUGGUGUCCUCAUCAUUUUCACCCAAUGAGAAGAUAUAUGUGUCAUUCUUUUACCAUUACACUUUACAAGUAUGCAAUGUAAUAUGACACGUGUAGUUGCUCAUGUUUAAUAUACAAGGGCAUCUAUUAACAUAUAUCAAUAUUAUUGGCCUGUUUUGGGUUUAUUUUA